CUUCUCUGAAAGUAAAACUAAACAGAUGAACAACUGGAAGCCUUUUCAAACAGAAUAUUUAUCCAGUGACUCCGAAUCUUGUGAUCACAUAGCGAUAUUUCCUCACAGUCAUGGCAUCCUCCAGCAGUUCACUAAAUGAGGAGCUCCAAUGCUCCAUCUGUCUGGAUGUGUUCACUGAUCCAGUCACCACUCCAUGUGGACACAACUUCUGCAGAAUCUGCCUGAACACGUGCUGGACAAACACACAGACCUGCUUCUGUCCAUUCUGUAAAGAAUCAUUCAGCAGAAGACCUGAUCUCAAGAUCAAUACAACACUCAGAGAGGUUGUGCAACACUUUAAAGGUGACACUUGUGUCGCAGAAAAAACAUACUUCACCUUAGAGGAGAAGCUCAAUCAAGAAAAAUCUGAGGCGUUUUGUGACUUCUGUGAUGAAAGAAAGCAGAAAGCCAUGAAGUCCUGCUUGACGUGUCAAAGCUCUUACUGUGAGACUCACCUGGAGCCUCAUCACAGAGUCCCACGUCUAAAGAAACACAAACUGAUCAACGCUGUGGAAAAUCUGGAGGAUUAUAUAUGCCAGAAACAUGAGAGACCUCUGGAGCUGUUCUGCAGAGAUGAUCAGACGUGUGUGUGUCUGUCCUGCACUGAAGGAGACCACAGGAACCACAACACUGUUCCUAUAGAGGAGCAGAGUCAACAGAAGAAGAGUCAGCUGGUUCAAAUACAGACAGAUGUGCAGCAGAUGAUCCAGGAUAGAAUGAAAAAGAUUCAAGAAAUCCAGCACUCAGUAGAGUUGAGAAAGAAUAACACAGAGGAAGAGAAAUCAGCCAGUGUUGAGCUCUUCACUGAUCUGAUCCGAUCCAUUAGGAAAUGUCAGUCUAAGCUACUAAAAACAAUGGAAGAACAGCAGAAAGCAGCAGAGAAACAGGCUGAAGAUCUCAUUAAAGAGCUGCAGCAGGAAAUCACUGAUCUGAAGCGGAGAAACACUGAGCUGGAGCAGCUCUCACACACUGACGAUCAUCUGCACCUCAUACAGAUGUAUUCAUCCCUAAACAGUCGUCCACACACCAAGAACUGGACAGAAAUCAGUAUGGACACUGAUGUGAAUGUGCUCCCUCUGCAUAGAGCUCUGACGCAACUGAAGAAAACACACAAGGCUCUAAAUAAAAAACUUAGUCAAACUGGCUUGGGGUGUGUACAGAAGUAUGCAGUGGAUGUGACUCUGGAUCCUGAUACAGCGAAUCCAUAUCUCAUGCUUUCUGAUGACGGAAAACAAGUCAGUCAUGGAGACACUGAGCAGGACGUCCCUGAAAACCCAAAGAGAUUUGAUGACACUUGUUUAUUGGCAAAAGAGGGAUUCAGUUCAGGGAGAUUUUACUAUGAGGUUCAAAUGAAAGGAAAGACUAAGUGGAGUUUAGGAGUGGCCAGAGAAUCCAUUAACAGGAAGGGGGACAUCAGCCCGAGUCCUGAGGAUGGUCUCUGGUCUAUGUUAUUGAUUAAUCAGAGUCAGUGUAUAGCUUGUGAUAAUCCAGCAGUCGCUUUCUCUCACAGAGAAACACCUGAGAAGGUGGGAGUGUUUGUGGAUUAUGAGGAGGGUCUGGUCUCCUUUUAUGAUUUGGACUCCAGCUCUCAUAUCUACUCUUUCACUGGUCAAACUUUCACUGAGAAACUCUAUCCAUAUUUUGGCCCAGGCUUUAAUGAUGAAGAAAAAAGCAUACUUAUAAUUUCACCUGUCAGUUGAAACAAAGUGGUUUCGCUUAAAUGUGAAACAAAAUCUGAAAAGAUUAAUUGUGCGUGUGCUGUUUUUGUAAAGAAUUCCAAAAAGGUAUUCACUUACCAAAUUGAAAAUUUAUGUUGAUAACUAAAUUAUACUGAUGAUAAUUAAUGAGUGGAUGUGUUUAAGAUCCAUUAUCAAAUAGGUCCUACUGAAAAAAAUAUGUUAUAAGAAAAGGCACAAAAAAGGUGAUUAAUAAAAAAAGAGCUAACUUUAUAAGUUAAUAACAUCUCUUCCACCUGCACUCUCUAUUCUAUUUCAUCUACAUGUUUUCUUUUUAUAAUUUUAUAAAUGUACUUUUUAUA